AUGACGGUGACCGGGACACCCUACCUGCCCAACUAUGAUAUUCGUGAGGUGUUUGCACAUGUCCUGUCAGAUCUAAGGAUCCCAUACACUCGUGUUCCAGUGGAACCAGGUUUACAGAACUGCCCGUGGCUACCAGAACACCUCCAAAGUUUUUACAUGCAGGUGGAAAAAGAUGCUCUGGAUUCCAUCCCUGUCUUCCAACGCUAUGGAAUCAGGUGGCCAGAUGUGUACCUGGGCCUGACCACAAUGGGUCAGAACAUGUCCUCCUCUAGCCUGCAGAGGGCCAUCAAACAGGCCUUGGCAGCGGGACUUUCUGACCAUAGGUCCAGGAGUGGAUCAGGGUUUCAACAGUCAGUGGUCACAGCAGAACUCAUGGUUCAUCCAGGAUACCCCAGUUAUCCCCAGGAAGGAGGCUGUGGAGAGGGUCCAGAUGGUUUCUCUCAGUCUGCUGAGCGACACCAUGAGCUGAGUGUGCUCACGGACCCAUCUGUUCUGGAUCUGUACCACCAGGAGAGAGUGCAGCUCUGUAGCUUUAAAGACCUUUGACGUCUGCUAUCCAAACUGACAUCAGUGACACUAACACAAAGUUCUACAGUAGUCCCUCGUUAUGCAGUUUUACAAAUCGUAGCACAACUAAAUAAGUAUGCAAGAUAUAAAAUUGUGUUAAUCUAGUUGUUGAGGAGGAGG